GGCGAAGUCGCGAGCAUCAGCUAGUAAUUAAUAUUUCUAAAGUACCUACUAUCACAAUAUAAUGUUGAUCUCAAAGUCGUUAAGUGGUCAAUAAGAGACAUCAAGAAAAAUCUUCAAAUGAUGCAAACUGUUGCUGUUGCUAAAAAAAUUCUCGUACGAAAAAUUACCAAUUAAUGUGAAUAAGCAAAAUACAUAUAUAAAUGUAAAUAGAUUUAUACAUUUUGGUGGAUAAUUCGCGAUAUCAAAAAUUUGCGAUAAAACAGCAUGUUGAAUUUAUUAGAUAUGACUCUGCGGUAUUCCAAGAUACGAUAACCGCAGUAUUGUCAGUGACAACCUACACUAAACAGGCUGUUAAUAAACAAGCUAAAUAUUGCACUGUGAUUUUGAAAUUAUUUAUGUGACAAAUAAAUAAACAAGUAUUAAAGUGACUAUAUUUCUAAAUUGAAAAAUAACAAAGUAAAAAUGGACUUCAAUUUUGAGGACAAGGUAGUAAUAGUAACAGGAGCUAGUUCAGGUAUCGGAGCUGAAGCAGCUAAAAUGUUCGCCCAGUACAAAGCAAAGCUAUGCCUCGUGGGAAGAAAUGAAUCAAGACUGCAAAACGUGGCCCAACAUUGCGAACUGAUCAGUGGUAAUGUACCGUUAUGUUUAUUACUUGAUCUUAUCCAACCGGGAAGUUGUGGAGAGGUUGUUAGAAAAACAAUUGACAAAUACAAAAGGCUUGAUAUUUUAAUAAACUGUGCGGGUAAAUUACAAAUGGGAACAUUACAUGAAGAGGACAUUGACGUGUUUGAUGAGUUAAUGGCUAUUAAUUUGAGAGUGCCGUAUUUCUUGACGCAACUGUGUUUACCGCAUUUAAUUAAAACUAAAGGAAAUAUUGUGAAUAUCGGUACGUCGUAUUUAGAAAGAUAUAAACCGGGAUUUAUUCCUUAUGUAAUAUCAAAGAAUGGAUUGGAUAUAUUUACAAAACACGCCGCAAUGGAAGUGGUAACUGAAGGUGUGAGGGUCAAUAUUAUUAAACCAGGAGUCACCCGUACCAAUUUAAUUCAAAAUCUAAACAUUGACGAAGGUUUUGUUAACUAUGCAUAUGACAAUCUAAUAGCUGAAUUGGGUCUCAAGAAAAUAUUCGAUCCCAAGGAGGUUGCAAAACUUAUUUUGUUAGCGGCCAGCAAUCUAAUGCCACGGAUGACAGGCUCGAGUCUAAAAAUGGAUGGAGCAGUUAUAAUUGCAUGAAAUGUACCACCGGAUAUACAUACAAAAUAACUAGGGGAAGGUUAGACGUGUGUACGGCUAGUAGGAAGCAUGCCAGAUAACCAGUUUUACUGGCAUGUGUAUUUCCUUCAUAAGACUUAGCAAUAUUAUUAAGAUACUAGCUGUUCGCGUGCG